AUGUUAUUCACUUAUUUUAAAAAAUAUGAUAGCAUUAAAACGAGUAUGGGAGACAUGAAACAAGGUGAAUGCAAUAAGUAUUUUGCAUACAUUAAUCAUAUCAAUUCAUUAUAUAAAGCUUACAAAGAUUACUUUGAUUGUAAUGAUAAGUAUGAUCCCAGUAGCCUCUUACCGUUAGUAGAACAUUGUAAAACCAUAGAACCUAGAACUCCUGAACACAUAGAACAUGGAACUUCUGAAGAACAUACAGAAUUAGAAGAUUCAGGAUCUGAAGAUGAAGCAGGAUCAAGAUCGGACGUGGUUGAACAUGAU